ACUAACUGGGUCUUCCAACCGCCAGAGCAGGUGAGAAGGGGAACACAAAGAAGAUCUGUUCUGACAGCUUUGGCUGAAAUCAGGACUAAACUCCAGGAGGAAAGAAGAUCUGUUCUGACAGCUUUGGCUCAGGAAUAAACUGCACGAGGGACAAGAUGGGGGAAGUGAAGAUUGAAGAGAGAGGACAAUGGGCCAGUAAGACAGAGUUCCUCCUGGCGGUCGCAGGGAACGUGGUGGGCCUGGGAAACGUCUGGCGGUUUCCCUACCUCUGCUACAAAAAUGGAGGGGGUGCGUUCUUGGUGCCGUACAUGGUGUUUGUGGUGACGUGUGGGGUGCCCCUGUUCCUGUUGGAGACGUCGAUGGGUCAGUACACCCAGGAAGGAGGAAUCACUGUGUGGAGGAAGCUUUGCCCUCUGGCAGAAGGUAUAGGCUAUGGGGGCCAGGUGGUUCUGCUGUACAGCUGCAUAACCUACCCCGUCAUAUUGACCUGGGCCCUGUUCUACUUGAUCUUUUCCUUCAGCUAUGAGCUCCCUUGGGCCAGCUGCACCAACUACUGGAACACAGACAAAUGUGUAUCAUUUUCCCUGGGAAACGGGGCCGUCGGAUGGAACAACCAGACCAACUCUACCUCCGCAUCCACAGAGUUUUGGGAACAGCGAGCGUUGUCCAUCUCAGGUGGGAUUGAAGAACUUGGCAGCAUCCGAUGGGAAUUGCUGCUCUGUGCCCUUGUAGUGUGGGUAGCUUGUUACUUUUGCAUCUGGAAAGGAGUCCGCUCAACAGGCAAGGUGGUGUAUGUCACUGCAACCUUUCCCUACUUAAUGUUGCUCAUUUUGCUGAUCCGUGGACUCACUCUGCCGGGGGCUAUGAACGGAGUGGUGUACUAUCUUUACCCAGAGCCGUCACAUCUAUUGGACCCACAGGUAUGGAUGGAGGCUGGUGCACAGAUCUUUUUCUCCUACAGCAUAGGAGUGGGAUCCUUGACCGUGCUAGGGAGCUAUAACCCUUACUACAACAACUGCUACAGAGACUGUCUGUGGUUGUGCUUGCUGAACAGCUGCACCAGUGUGGUAGCAGGGUUCGCUGUGUUCUCAGUACUCGGAUUCAUGGCAGAGAUGCAGAACACGCCCAUUGAUCAAGUGGCAGAGUCAGGCCCAGGGCUGGCGUUCGUUGCAUAUCCUCAGGCGAUAGCCAUGAUGCCGCUGCCUCAGCUGUGGGCCGUGUGUUUCUUCAUUAUGAUCAUUCUCUUGGGCCUGGACACUCAGUUUGUUGCAUUGGAGGUGGUGAUGACAUCGGUCAUAGAUCUGUUCCCCAAAGUGCUCCGCAAGGCCGGCCGCCGGGAACUCCUGCUCCUCCUGUUCUGCUUUGUCUGCUUCUGUUCGCAGCUCGUCAUGGUCACGGAGGGAGGAAUGUUUGUGUUCCAGCUGUUUGAUUACUAUGCAUGUAAUGGAGCAUGCAUUCUCUGCCUUUGUGUGUUUGAAGCAUUUGCACUUGGCUGGAUAUUUGGGGCUGAGCGGAUGUAUGACAUCAUUGAGGAUAUGACAGGUGUGCGGCCCAACUGGUUCUUUAAGCAAUGCUGGCGUUACCUCACACCCCUGGUCUCACUGGUCUCUUUUAUAUACUCUAUGGUUGAUUACCAGCCACUCACCUUCAACCGCUGGUACGUGUAUCCGACCUGGGCAUACACGUUGGGCUGGCUGAUGGCCUUGUCCUCCAUGAUUCUGGUCCCAGCAGUGACGCUGAUAAAACUGGCCACUGUGCCUGGAACUCUGCCUCAGCGAUUGCGUCGUCUGUGUCAACCUGCCGCCAAAUACCCGCUGGCCCUGGACAAGGAGGGGGAGCCAAUGGCCUGGGACAGGGGGGGGGAGCCACUCAGGGAGGUGGAGCCUCUCAGGGAGGUGGAGCCACUAAGGGAGGUGGAGCAAAUCAGGGAGGUGGAGCCACUGGCCCUGGACAGGGAGGUGGAGCCGUUCAGGGAGGUGGAGCCACUGCCUGAGGACAGGAAGGUGGAGCCGCUGCCCAAGGACAGGGAGGUGGAGCCACUGGCCCAUGUCAGGGAGGUGGAGCCGCUCAGGGAGGUGUAG